ACAAGCCGCACAUCUUCCCCUAGUGAGGUGGAGUGAAAUGACACCCCUCUUACUGGGAUUAUUAAUAUCUCUUCAUUGUUGUCAUUGGAUUUAUGCACCCAUAUAAUUUAUUACCAUGAUUCAAAUAAAACGCGGCAGUUUAGACAUUAAAUCAUAAUGAUUGUGUCCCUUAUGUGACAUUCUGUCCUCCUCCGGUCCAGUGGGCGGCAGCUGCACGGUGCCGCAUCAGAACAGUGUGUCCCGCACGCCGGCAGCUUAUGAAGGCUUCACCGGUUUAACCUCAAUCGGUUUCAGCGGAAUCGCAGGGUUAAGGGCUACUGAAGUCGAAAUAUGAUUUAACGCACAGCGUGGGUUUGGUCACUGAAAAAACAACCGACGUCUCAUUUACUCGUAGAGAUGACAGCGAGCGCUUGCUUGUUACUGUGUUAAUCGUGUUAUUCGAGAUUAAUCGUUAUAAUUUUACACACACUGAAUAGGUGAAGCUCUAUAUUUCUGAUGGCCGUGUCAGGAGGCGCCCGGCGGAUCCCGAUGGGUGUGCGGACAUUCAGUGAGUUUCUGGAAAUAGCGACGGUGGGACCGUGUCGCUCCAGCAGCCCGUAUAAAUGCAGAGAGAGGAUACAGCACUGGCCCAUCAGACACCUGUCCUCCUGCGGGAUCCUGAUGACCCGUCAUCCUCGCGCUCUCUGUCUCUCUGAAGUGGAUUUGACUCCCACUCAUCACAGGAGAUCUUUCAUCAGCCUCACCAAUAAGAGAAAAGAGUAUUCAGAGAGGAGAAUACUAGGGUACUCAAUGCAAGAGAUGUAUGAUGUGGUAGCCAACGUGGAUGACUACAAACACUUUGUACCGUGGUGUAAAAAGUCCCAGACCAUCAUGAAAAGAGCCGGUCAUGCCAAAGCUCACCUGGAAGUGGGCUUCCCUCCGGUUGUUGAGCGAUACACUUCAAUGAUAAGCCAUGUCCGUCCACAUCUGGUCAAAGCAGUGUGUUCAGACGGUAAACUCUUCAAUCAUUUAGAGACAAUAUGGCGGUUUAGUCCCGGUAUUCCUGGCUAUCCUCGCACAUGCACUGUAGACUUCUCUGUCUCGUUUGAGUUCCGUUCAUUGCUGCAUUCGCAGUUAGCGACUGUGUUUUUCGACGAGGUGGUGAAGCAGAUGGUGGCGGCGUUUGAGCGGCGAGCGGGCAAACUCUACGGACCCGAGACUAGGAUACCCCGCGAGCUCAUGUUUCACGAGGUCCAUCAAACGUGAGGUGCACCUUCACACGGGACACACCUGCAUCUGGAACUCCCAAAACUCUUUCGAUGGUUAUCACAUGACAAAUCAGAUCACUAGAUUACAUCGGGAUGGUACAAUAGAUACCAUUUUCUUUUAGAAAAAGAUUUCAGUUCAUUUGAGGUACUGCACCUUAAACGUGUAUCUUUUUUUUGCUUUUUGACUGUGAAUGAAGAUUAAUUGAUUAUUGCAAAGUUAAGUUGAGGUGAAAAACUUGGACGUUUCACUACGGUUUCAUCUGGUUUACUCAUUCAGUCCUGUUGUGGGUUUAUUGGGGCCAAAUCUGACUUAUUACUGAAGCUGAAAGGAAUAUUGUAGGUGAAGUCUGUCGCACACUGUUGAUUACCACACAAAAUAGUUUUGAUUUGUACCUCAGCUUUUUAAAACAACAAUAAAUAUGUACAGCACAACCGUUGUUUACUUUCCCCUUGCAUAUGUGCAGCUGUUUAAUAUUUUUAAGGUUUUAAGUCAAUAUUAUUUUCUGUGGUAAUCAACAGCAUGCAAAAGGCACAGAUUAACCCAGAAUAGUCCUUCUAAAAUUAAUCUUUAUAUAACUAGAUAUGAAUUCAAAUUGCUUGAAUUUGAUCACGCUCACAGUGACCUACUUGACUUCCACACUGCACUGAAUUUAUAAUAUUCAUCUCAAGAAGUCACACUCGGAGGUGUGUGACUCCAAACACAACUGUAAAUAUAAUAAAUAUGAAUUAUACAGUUAGAGUGACGUCAAAUAUUUCUCUCACCUAAAUAUUUAUCCGACAAAAAACUUUGUUUAUAGAAGUAGUGUAUUGUAAUUAAGGAAUUACGAAUUGUAUUUAGCAUGCUUUUGCUUUCUUUGGAUGCGAACUCAGGGCUUUAGAGAUAUUCAAAUGAAAGAAAUAUACAGAUUCGGCCUGUUUUUCCCUAAUAGUGAUCCCAGUGUGUGCCUGUUCAUGUAGAUUGUGCCAUUUCUGAUUUGUUGCUACGUUAAUGUUUAAACACAACUGUAUUUGUGUAUUGUUUGUGAUUUCCUGAAAAGCUACAGUAUGAGCUGGCGAAGCUUCAGAUACAAGCAUAGCGGACAUUUUUCUCUUUUUUGCAACAUUUAUUUUAUGAGGUUUUAUUUUUAGCCAUUUCAAUGCCUUAUCUAAGUGCUCAUGGCAUUUAUAAAUGACUUCAAAUAACGUAAUUGUCAAGAAUUGUCCAUUGAUAAUUUAUUUGUGCUGUAUCAAACACCUGUCUAAGAGUCUUCCGUGGAAAUAAUGUCACCGUUAGUAGAUUUCUAGGAUUUAUCAUAUAAAGACUUUUGUUAGAUGUCUGUUAAGUGAGAAUGUUUGGUUGAAGAACUGUGAAUAAGAACCAAAGAGAUGAGAAGUGCUUCAUAAGAGCAAGAAGAGCACAGUUUUAGGAACAAAUUCUCUCUGAAAUGAAUGUUCUGUUCAGUAAACCUUAAUUCUCUGUCGACAGGCCUGUCGUCAGUGUUAUAAUCUUGCACAAGCAUUUCUUUUAGUUUGAGAAUCUAUAAAUUUAUUUCCAAACAAAUUGUUGUGUCUGUUUUACUUGAACUGCUUGAGAUUCACCAGGAGGCCGAUUUCCUGC